ACGUCACAUCCUUUCGGCGCCAUCUUGCAAAUUUCUUGUUUCAGUGAAGUAACACGUCUUCACCAACUAGGGAAACAUGAGUUCCCUUAAGCUACAGAAGAGGCUUGCCUCUUCGGUGAUGCGUUGCGGCAAAAAGAAGGUUUGGUUAGAUCCAAACGAGAUUAAUGAGAUUGCCAAUGCCAACUCAAGGCAAAAUAUUCGUAAGCUCAUCAAGGAUGGGCUUAUCAUCAAGAAGCCGGUGGCCGUGCACUCCAGGGCGCGCGUCCGCAAGAACACUGAGGCCCGCAGAAAAGGCAGGCACUGCGGCCAUGGAAAGAGGAAGGGCACAGCCAAUGCCCGUAUGCCCACAAAACAACUGUGGAUCGAUAGGAUGCGUGUGCUUAGGCGCCUCCUUAAGAAAUAUAGAGAGGCUAAGAAAAUCGACAAGCAUCUCUAUCACGCUCUUUACAUGAAGGCAAAGGGUAAUGUCUUCAAAAACAAGCGUGUUCUUAUGGAGUACAUCCACAAGAAGAAGGCCGAGAAGACCAGGACUAAGAUGCUCACCGACCAGGCCGAGGCCCGCAGGCAGAAGGUGAAGGCAGCAAGGAAGCGAAGGGAGGAGAGAAUUUCCCAGAAGAAGCUGGAGCUUCAGCAAUCUUAUGAUACUGAGGCAGCCACCACCGCGCCUGCUAAGAAAUAAUUUCUCUCCCCUGCUCUUUGUUAAAUAAAUUUUGUCCAUUGAUAUCAAAUCUGUCACCAGCUA